AUGGGGACCGGCAACCCAGAGCCGCUGGGGCCGUCCCUGGUGGCCGUUACUUCGGGCGCCGGUCCAGAGGCCACAUGCACCCUCAACUUUGCGGUCUUCUCUCGCCAUGCGUCGUCCAUGUCCCUGGCCAUCCUGCGGCGCGACGGGGCUGGCUACCUGGAGGUGGCGCUGGACCCUGCCACGCACCGCACAGGGGAUGUGUGGCACGUGGAGCUGCAGGGCCUGCGCAACGUGGGCGGACUCUGCUACGGCUGGAGGGCGUCGGGAGACAAGACCUGGGCCGAUGGCGGCAGCUUCCACCCGGCCUACAUCAUGCUGGACCCCUACUGCCCGCGCGCCCUGCCUGUCACGCUGCCCCAGGCAGCCUACGAUGCAGCUCCCCUGCUGCCUCCCCAGGGCCGUUUGCCUGGCCCCGUGCUGCUUGGCAGCCUUUCACACCUAACAGAGGCUUUUGACUGGGGCAUGAGCCCGGCCCCAGGCCCGCGUCGCUCUCUUGAGGAGAGUGUGCUGCUGGAGCUGGACGUUGCAGAUUUUACUGCCGGCCCCAGUGCUGAGCGCCUCGUACCCCUGGACCACCGCGGCACUUACCUGGGCGUCAUAGACCGCCUCCCAGACAUUGUUGCCAGCGGUGCGACCGCCGUUGUGCUGUCCAACGUGUUCCUCUCGUCCCUCACCGCUGCGCCGCCGCACGACCCGGAUGAGGAGGAGGGGGCCAGCGUGGCUUGGCCCAGCACUGGUGGGCAGCUGCGGCGGCCCCUGAGCUUCAUGGCGCCAGAGGUGGCCCUCGUGGCAGGCCCCGACCCCGCCGCUGCUGCGUCUCAGCUCAAAGCUGUGGUGGCGGCCCUGCACGGUGCAGGGCUCGAGGUCCUCCUGGAGGCGGAGUUCUGCCUGACAGCCGAGGUGGCGGGGGGUGCCGGGGGACGCCUGCAGAGCAUGGCGGGGCUGGACGGCGACAUGUACGUGCGUGGCGGCGGUGGCCCUGGCGCACGCGGCGUCCUCAACACGGGUCAGCCCGUGGUGCGCCAGCUGGUGCGGUCCGCGCUGCGGCACUGGGUGUCAGAGUUCCGGGUGGACGGCUUUGUGCUGGUCAACGCUGAGAACCUGGCGCAGGACCCCCUGGGGGCCGUCAGGGACAGCCCGCCGCUGCUGGAGGAGCUGGCAGCAGACCCAGUGCUGCGCGACGCCAAAAUCAUCGCAUCGGGCAACGACGGGGGGCUGCUGCCGCGAGGCGGCGAGCGCGGCGUGCCGCACUAUGGCGUGUUGGCAGAGUGGAACGGCCGCUUUGCACGCGACAUCAUCGCGCUGCUUCGUGACAAUGCAGGUGGUCGCCUGAGCGCCCUGGCUACACGUCUGAUGGGCAGCCCCGACCUGACCGCCGCACGCUGGGAUGCCGGACUGCCGGGCGGCCUGGCGGCGGGGCGGCGCCCGGGGUACAGCGUUAAUGCGCUGUCAGCGCCGGGCGGCCCCGCGCUGCUGUCUCUGGCGGGCGGCGACGAGGACCUGGAGCGCGGCGAAGUGGUAGCGCGGUCGCUGCUGGUGGCAGCAGCAGUCGCACAGGGCACGCCAGCCCUGAGCGGCUCCGUGCUGGCGCGCGCAGGGCUGCGGCGCUUUGCAGCAGCAGCUCUGCAGCUCAGGCGCAAGUAUCGCCACCUGCUGGCGCCGCCCCUGCUGGACUCGCCCCGGGACAUCACGUGA